CACACACUGAGCAGGUGCUGGAGAGCCCUUCUUCACUAAUGCUGCUCUGAGGAUAAAGACAUGGAUCCGACCACUUCCACAAAAACCGUCUGGUUAUGGAUGCUUCUAUCAUUCUUAUUCUCUGAUGUUACCUGUAAUCUAGAAGGAUCUCUGCACAGAGAUCUAAUGGUGGGAUACAACAAGAACAUACGGCCUAUGGAGAACCAUGGUGACAUCAUCGAUGUGAAGAUCAAGAUGACCCUCACAAACCUCAUUUCUCUGAAUGAGAAAGAAGAGACCCUCACCACUUGCGUUUGGAUUGAAAUGAAAUGGCAUGAUUAUCGACUCUGCUGGGCUAACAGGACAGGGUUUGAGGUCUAUGAGAACAUCACACGUAUGCGUCUUCCCUCUAAAGCUAUCUGGCUGCCGGACAUCGGCCUGGAGAACAAUGUGGAUGGGCGUUUUGAGGUGGCGCUCUACACUAACGCUCUGAUAGAUCCUGAUGGUGGUGUGGUCUGGUUGCCUCCGGCCAUCUACCAAAGCUCCUGUGCCAUCAAAGUCAACUACUUCCCUUUUGACUGGCAGAACUGCAGCAUGGUGUUCAGGUCUCAGACGUACAAUGCCAAUGAAAUUAAACUGAUGCUGUCAGACGAAGACAACAUCACCAUGGAGUGGAUAGAGAUUGAUCCAGAAGCUUUUACUGAGAAUGGAGAAUGGGCUAUUAAGCACCGCCCUGCUAAGAAGCUAGUUAACAAGCGAUACAGCCCAGAUGAGUUGGAGUACCAGGAGAUCAUCUUCUUCCUCAUCAUCCAGAGGAAACCACUGUUCUACAUCAGCAAUAUCAUCGUGCCCUGUGUCCUCUUCUCAUCCCUUGGGUUGCUCGUCUACUUCCUGCCGGCCAAAGCUGGAGGACAGAAAUGUACUAUGACUAUUGCGAUCCUGCUCGGUCAGACUGUCUUCCUGUUCCUUAUUGCCAAGAAAGUGCCAGAAACUUCCCAAGCUGUUCCUCUCAUCGGAAAGUAUCUGAUGUUUGUGAUGUCGGUGACCACAAUAACUGUGAUGAACUGUGUGGUGGUGUUGAAUGUUUCUUUGCGAACUCCAAACACACAUCCUAUGAGCAACACCAUCAGGAAGGUCUUGUUGAACAUCCUUCCUCGUCUGCUGAGGAUGACGAUGCAGCGCUGGAAACCUGAGCAGGAGGAAGGGGAUUUUAAAAUGUUUGCCCUGGGCAACGGCACUCCUCUUCGCCGCAGGAGACGAAGCUCUUUGGGAUUAAUAGCAAAAGCUGAUGAAUACAUGUUCAGAACAGCACGCUCAGAGCUGAUGUUCAGUCGACUGAAGGAAAGAAAAGGGCUGCUGAAGAACACUUUAGAGAAAAUACAAAAUGGUUUGGGAGGGAACACAGCACAGGAUCUGGAAUCCAGUUUGGCUUCAGCUUCACCAGAAGUGCAGCAGUGUGUGUCGUCCUGUAAACACAUUGCGGAAAGUGCCAAGCACCAAAAUGACUUUCAAAGUGAAAAUGAAGAAUGGUUUCUGGUUGCCAGGGUGAUUGACAGGAUGUGCUUCAUCGUCAUGGCGCUGCUGUUUAUACUGGGCACCAUCGCAAUCUUCCUGAUGGGACAUUUUAACCAGGCACCAUCUCAGCCCUUCCCCGGAGACCCCAAAAAAUACCUGCCUGAAAUCUCACCUGGAGACAUCACAGGCUGAACGCAAGUGUAAACCAAAUGAUAGACUCAGAGAAACCCCAGCAGAAGUCUCGAGGACUUUGUUGAAAAUGCUCUGGAGACAAAAAUCCAUCAGAUUGUCCAUACUAUGGCAAAAGUAGUAGUGCUACUGGCCAACAAAUGUGAUCGAAGGUCUCCAGAGAAGAGAGUUGGUUGGAUCUGAACCCAUUUGAGACUGGCUUCAUUGAGCUUUGACGAGACGCUGAUGGUUACGAAGGUCAUGCUAUUUGCGUGUCAAUAUCUUUAUCACAGUAUCACUUUAAUUUUGUGUGGUGAUUUAACAGUUGAUGCUUUCCUGAAAAUAAAGAGAACUUUAACUUUC